ACCAUGCCUUCACCACGAUUCACCCAACUACUCUCAUAGGAAAUCCCACCUCUCCACUUUUUCCUAAACCACCCACCAAUUCCCCUCAAUUUCUAAUUUUUUUAGUUUGUUUUGCUACCAUUUUCUUUUUUUCCUUGCCUAACUUUUGUGCCUUUAAAUCAGUCCACAAUCUCAACAUUCAUCCCUUCCUCUUCUUCUCUUUCUCCCCUUUGGCUAAUUCUUAAGUUUCCCAGCUAGCGUUACUCUGCUCUUUUUUCUUAGGCUCCGCUUUAGCUUUGGUACAGAAAAAACCCCAUUAAAGAUCACAGUUUUUUUUGGUGAAUUUGAUGGUGCAUAAUUAUAAUUGGUUCUUGAUGAUCAAGACUCAUGUCUCCAGUUCUCAGUGAAGUCCUUCUUUCCGGGUUUAUGAUCAGUUCUUCACUUAGACGCAGGACCCAUCUUGUUCAAUCUUUCUCUGUUGUUUUCCUCUACUGGUUCUAUGUUUUUUCAUAAAUCAGAAAGGUUGAUCUAUAUUUAUAUCGAGUCAUCUACUAGCUACUACAUUUUUAUUUUUUCUUAACAAGUUUCUCUUAGCUGGGUCCUGCGUGUGUGUUCAAUCAAUCGGGUGAUUUUCUCUCCGACUAUGGCUUCUUCAACUGGAAAUUCUUCAAAGUCAGAAGAUUUGGUGAAUGAAAGGAAAAGGAAGAGAAUGGAAUCGAACAGGGAAUCAGCAAGAAGAUCAAGGCUGAGAAAACAGAAGCAUUUGGAUGAUCUGAUGGGACAAGUGGAACAAUUGAAGGAAGAGAAUAGCAAGAUCCUGACUAGUAUCAAUGUGACAACACAAAAUUAUGCUACUGUGGAAGCACACAACUCUGUUUUAAGAGCUCAAAUGAUGGAACUUAAUCAAAGGUUGCAUUCUCUCAAUGACAUCGUCAAUAACAUUAAUGCGAAUAAUGGAACAUUUGAGGAUUUUCACAUGAACUGCCCUGAAACUUUCAUGAAUAACCCAUGGAACUUGAUGUGCCUUAAUCAGCCAAUCAUGGCAUCUGCUGAUAUGCUUUAUCAGUAUUGAUGACCACUAAUAACUUAUCGCCCUUCAACAGGUCAAAAUUUUGUUGAUUUUUGUGGUGGUAAUGUUGGAUGGUUGUUGCUUUCAUGACUAUGUAAGGGUUAUUUUAUUGGAGUGCUAGUUAGUAUUCUUUAUUACUAUUUCGUUGUAUUAUUAAUUUAGGCAGUCUGAUCCGAGUAAUAAUAAUGUUAUAAGUUAUUAGGACUAUGAAUGGAAAACUAUAACAAGUCAAAUAAGAUGAACAUGCGGGUCUGGGAUUGUAAAAUGGAUCAUGUGUACAUGUUGAUAUGGAAUGAAUGGUUAUGAAUGUUUUGUUUUCA